CUCUUCAUCAUCUUCAAGAGCACAAGUUCAUAACCACUAGACAAGUUUGUCACUGUGCUGAUGGCUUACUUAUGGAACAUUUAUUCAGCAACACUCACCAGCUGUGAUGAAGAGGCCCACAGCAAAGGAGAUGCCGUGUUGCUUGUUAUGGGGGAGAGAACGAACCAAGAUGAAUCAGACAGUCUUACCCAAAAGGAAGUGAGUAUGAAGUAAAUUGCAUAAACUUAAAGUGCUGCAGACAUGAAGACCAAAGCAGGAAGAAACAUGCCACCGAUGUCCUGGUUGGGAACAUACUGUGUCAUGUGAAGAGACAUGACAAAAACAGCCCUCUUUAAAUUACUUUUGGCAAUAGUGAUUGCAUUCAUUUUACUUUUGCCUGAAUAUUUUAAGACACCAAAAGGAAAUAUAUUGGAGCUAUCAUGUCUGGAAGUGUGUUUGCAACCUAAUUUCAACUAUUCACUCCGCUCUUUAAAUUUUUCUUUUGUGACUUUUCUGAAACCAGUAAGAGAAUCUCAGACUAUUAUGGGCAUCUUUCUAAAUCACUCCAACUUUCAAAACUUCACCAGGAUUUGCCAAGGCAUCACAAGUGAAUUGAAAAUGUGCUCCUCAUGUUUAGCUUGUGAGUCCAAAAAAAGUCUGGAUUUUAUUUCUCAGGAACAAACAUCAAAAGUUCUUAUCAUGAAAGGAUCAACGGAAGUGAAGGCAAAUGAUUUUCGUUCACCUUGUCAACAUUUUAACUUCACUGUAGCUCCUAUAGUUGAUCCCUUGGAAGAAUAUAACAUUACUUGUAAUCUAAAAACCCACAUGAGAAGGCCAGCAAUCAUGGAGGAAGAUUCACCCAAGGAAAAGUCUAUGAACCACACUUGUAGGACUAUGGAAUACCUGAAUAAUUGUACACAUCUUUCCUUGCACCUAGAAAUGGAUGUCAAAAAUUUCACUUGUUCCAUGAAGAUCACUUGGUAUGUUUUAGUUCUAGUCGUUUUUAUAUUUUUUCUCAUCCUCACUCUCCACAAAAUACUUGAAAGCCACAGAAGAAUGUGGAAAUGGCGGAGUGGCACCCCAGAGUUGACUUCUUGCCCUGCUUGUACCCACACAUUUUUAUUAAGGAAGAUGAGGCACAAAGAAGUGUGUCAUGCUCCAAGGUUGGUUCUGGGGAAUAUAGUGCAUAAAAUACAGUCUUUGUACACGAGGAGGCAGACAGUAAGCAAUUACAACAAAAUUGGGUAAAUUCACCGUUGGGAUUAUAUAUAGUAUGGGUAUCUAGCCCUGUUUACCACUCCUUGUUCUGUUUUUGUUUCUAGCUAUUUUAACUUUCCAAUUUCAUAACCAAGUAGAGCUGAACAAGUAGUUUUGGAAAUACAAAUAUAAAAAAUUGAUGGGGCAAAUUCUCUAAGCAGCCAAGAGAUCCUGGCUAGGAUGAAGAGGUUUUAGAUGUACCUUCACUGUGGGAGGUGCACCUUGUCUUUGACAUGAAAAUCAUCAGGAACAAAGUGAAGAAAACACCUUGCAAGUUUCCAUGACUCAGUGGGAAUCAAGAAUUACUUUGGAAGGAUGAAUUGAGGUUAGAUGCCAGAUGUCAUAGAUAAAAAACACUUUUGAAAAAUGACAGAGAUCUAGAAAAAAAAAAGAAGAAAAAGAAAAGGAAAUAUCAGAGGGCAACCUGGACGAUGUCAUGGGCAUUGUGACAGGGGUUUAUUCAAGAACAUGCGGCAUGGAGUCUUAUUUUUAAUCAAAGUUUCUACUGCUGGAAAUUCAUUUUGUUCUUUAGAUUCAGCCAGGUCAAAACUCAUCCUGAGGUUCUUUUUAAUUUUUUAGGCUUUUCUGAGGUUCUUGAAAAAAAGUCAAAGAAAUGUUUGGUUCAGACCUUUGACAAAUUCAUGAAUAGACUUCUGUGAAGUUUUAAAAUAUUCCUGGCUGCUUCUGCUGCCUUAACUAGUGUUGGUAAAUUAAUAUUAUUUGAAAGAAAUUCUGUUUCCCAGUGUAAAACUAGAAAAAUAUCCCACCCAUCUUAGCUCUUCUGAAUAAGGCAUUAAAAUGACAUAUAUCCUACCUUUUUGCCUUUUUAUCAAUUUUUCAGAAGUUUUCCUAGUAGCAUAUAAGUUACAUGUCCUUGGAUACUAGGAGAAACAGAAUAUAAUGCACCACUAGAUAGUUAUUUUGGACUAACCAUCACUUUGACAGAUAAUAGCUUUCUGUAGUAAAUUAUGGUUAUACCCUAUUAUAAAACAUCAGCAAACCAAAUGAAUAAGCAAAUGAUGAGCGGUUUAGCUUUCCAAGCAAAAGAGCUCUGUUAAUUUUCUUUGGUAAUUAUUUAAUUUCAUGAAUAGGCUCUUUUGGUAUUUUAACUUUAAAAAAACUGUCUCCAAAUCUCAAAUUCUGGACAUGAUAAGAUACUUUGUCAAAGAUUGUCCAAGCAAUUAUCUGCAUGGUAAGUUCAUUCUGAAGGCUUAAUAUGCAUCAGAAUCAACUUGGAUGUCUGUACAAUUUCAGGCUCCUGGACCAUUUUGAAGGGAGAUUAUAAUUCAGUAGAUUUGGGACAGGGUUCUAGAACCUGCAUUUUAAAUUCAGCUUCUUGUGGUUUGCAGGCCAAAGUGAUCCGUUGAUCACUUUAUUUGUUUUCUAUUGUUGUGUGACAAAUUACCACAAAUUUCAUGGCUUAAAACACACCUUUGUUAUUUCACUUUCUGUGGGUCAGAAAUCUGGGCAUGGCUUUGCUGGAUCUCAGGGUCUCACAAGGCUAAAAUCAAGAUGCGAGCUGGCCUAUGUUCUUAUAUGGAGGCUCUACUCCCAAGCUCAUUUAGGUUGUUGGCAGAAUUCAUUUCUUUGUGGUUGUAUACUGAGGGCCCUGGGUUCUCACCGCCUGUCUGCCAGAAACUGCCUCAGGACCUAGAGGCCACCUGUAGACUUCUGCUACCUGGCCUUUCUAGAGACACUUCACGGCUCGGCAGUUUGCUUCUUGAAGUCCCACAAGAGAGCCUCACUAACUUCCGGGAGGGCCCAGCCUUUUUUGUAAAGGCUUUUACCUCAUUAGGUCAGGCACACCCAGAAUGGUCUCUCUUUUCAAUAACUCAAUACACCCGCAAAAAUCUCAUCUUUGCCAUAUAAUGUAAUCCAAUCACAGGAGGGAAAUCCCAUUCAUGGUCCUGCCCAUGCUCAAGGGAUGGGAAUUACAAGGGGCAUUCCACCAGGGGGUGGGAAGCUGGGGGGCUGUCUUAGAGUUCUGCCUACCACACCCACCCUCUGAGAAGCACAGAUUUAGGAAGACAGAAUCACAGCUUCCUAGGAACUUUCAGUGUGAGACAAAUAGGGAUGAGGGAACUAGCCCCGUGGAUGUGGUUUGUACUUACUGACAAUAAGGUAAAAAUAAAGGAUGCUAAGGGGAUCCAGUGAAAUGGGUCUGUGAGGAGGAGAACAAGGAGAUGAGAGCUUUGUGUCCAGGUAAAGACUGGUCUCAUUUUCUCACCUUUGUCCUAACCAGUCAGGAAAGCUCUGUCACUUACCGUUUAGAAGGCCAAAUACUCUGUAAGAAGAAAUUCUAGCUUUGGUGGUUAUUUUAGCAUUUCCAUAGGAAUGGAAGGGUCUUCAAUGUCUGUGGAAAUGGUCCCCAAAGGGCAUCUAUUCCUGUUCCUUAAAGAGCACUUGCUACUUUUUAACAUCUCUAAUUAAGAUGGAUAAUUUUCUGGAAAAAUUGACAAAACCUGAUACCAGAAGAAAUAGAAAAUCUAAACAAAACAAUUAUCAUAGAAGAAAUAGAAAAUUUGUCAGUUAUCCCUGAAAAAGUAACAGAAAGAACAGUUCACAGGGGAAUUUUGACCAGUCUCUACAACACUGAUAUUUCCAAUUGUAUUUAAACUGUUAUUGACCAUAGAAAAGAAGGAUGUUUCUUAAUUCUAUUGUGAAAUAAACAUUAAUAACAUAUAAAGCUAAGAAAGAUUGUGUCUAAAAUGAAAUCAUUGAGCAAUCUUACUCAUGUAUAUCUAUGCAAAAAUUCUGAACAAAUAUUAGCAAAAGAAUCCACUAGUAUCACAGUAUAAAAACAUAUAUAUAUAUAUAUAUAUACACAUACAUAUACACACUCCUACUAUGACCAAGAAGAGCUUAUUCCAAGAAUAUAGGGACAGUUCUCCGUUAGGAGAUAUCUAUUAAUGUCACUCAUAUUAAUAGAUCAAAGGGAAAAUUUGGUUAUCUCUAUACAUCCUAAAAAUGCACUUGACAAACUAUAAUGCCCAUCCUUCAUAAAACUCCCAAUAAAAAUAAGAUAAAUAGGUACUUCCUUAACAUGAUAACAUAUAUCUGUCUCAAACAAAACCCCAGAAUCAUACUUACCAGGGAGACACUAAAAGCAUGUCUGUAAAGCCAGGAAUUUUCAAGAAUGUCCACUGUUGCCACUUCACCUACCAUUGUCCUGAAAGUACUGGUCAACACAAUUAGGUAAGAGACAAAGAUAUCUGGUUAACAAAUUGGAAAGGGAGGGGCGCCUGGGUAGCUCAGUCGUUAAGCGUCUGCCUUUGG